UGACCCUGUGGCAGCCCCCACGGCCCACUCCCAUGAGUCCUGGGCCUGUGAGGAGCCUUGGAGAGGCUCUGUGCUCUCCCUCACCCAGAGCUGAACCCCCUCUGCAGUGUCCCUGUCUGCUGGAGUGUGGCCAGGGAUGAGGAGCUCACUUCCUCACCAAGCUACCUCUCUGGUUGCCAGAACUGAGAUUUCCCUUCAUGACAUCUCUGCCCUUCCAUCCUUAUUCUGUCCUCUGAGUCACCCCCGGAAUAAGGCAGCCCCCCUUCCACAUGAUGUUUGGAGAUAUCGUUUUAUCCUCCCCUCCCCCAGGGCUCCUCUUCUCAGGGCCGACUCUUUACUCCUUCAAAGCAGCACCCCGAGUUCGAGCCGCUGUGCCAGGCCCUGCUUCUCUCUAUGUUGAGCCCCCUCACACCACCCUUGGCCAGACCUGGCUGUGAUCUCGGCACAUUCCUCCCAUCUUAUCGGUGCCAUGGUUUCUGUGCCACCUGUCAUCACCCAUGGGGCUCCGUGCCCAGGCCAGGGGCAUCGCUGACCCCGCCCUCCUCCCCCUUGGAACCACAGUUGUGGGCGGGGGUGGGGAGGAGGGCUUUGAGCUCAGUACGUCAUGGAAAGUUGCCAGGGCCUGAGGACAGGGACAGGAACAACCCGAUGGCAGCAACAGUGGUAGUGGCAGGAUGGGGGGGUCAGGGGGAGGACGUGUUUACGGAUCCAGGGUAUUGGGCUGGAAGCAGCUGGGAGCAGGCCUGGGGACGUGGGGAGUCAGGGUCAAAGGCCCAGCCAUCUCCAGCUCUGGUUGGACAAAGACCACUCCUGUCCAGGCUCCUACCCCUUAGGAGAGCCGGGGCUCUGGGAGGGAGCAGGGGCCGAGGCCCUGGCAGUCGGGGGGAUGCUGAGCUGGCUGGAGGAGGUCGCAGAGCCCAAUGGGACUCUGAGCCCUGGGUCCCGGGAUGCCGAGGGCCAGGGCCCUGGGAGGGCUCCCUCUCCCAGCCCUCGAGACUCGAUGGCCUCAGAGGACUUAGAGAUGUUUGUGCUGGACCUUGAGGACUGUGACCUGUGGGAGUCCACCAGGGGCUAUCUGAGCCCCAUGGCAGGGGGACGAGCUUGUCACCGGCUGGAGGACAACCCCGGCAUGCGGCGGCACCUGGUGAAGAAGCCGUCCCGGUCGCAGGGUGGGAGGGGCAGUCCUGGGGGCGUGGCUCCCAUCCUGCGCAGAAAGAAGAAGAAGAAGAAGUUGGAUCGGAGGCCUCAUGAGGUGUUUGUGGAGCUGAACGAGCUGAUGCUGGACCGCAGCCAGGAGCCCCACUGGCGGGAGACGGCGCGCUGGAUCAAGUUUGAAGAGGACGUGGAGGAGGAGACGGAGCGCUGGGGGAAGCCCCACGUGGCCUCCCUGUCCUUCCGCAGCCUCCUGGAGCUCAGGAGGACCAUCGCCCAUGGAGCUGCGCUCCUGGACCUGGAGCAGACCACUCUGCCAGGCAUCGCACAUCUGGUGGUGGAGACCAUGAUUGUGUCCGACCAGAUCCGGCCAGAGGACAGGGCCAGUGUCCUGCGUACCCUGCUGUUGAAGCACAGCCAUCCCAAUGAUGACAAGGACAGUGGCUUCUUUCCCCGAAACACGUCCAGCUCCAGCAUGAACUCUGUCCUGGGCAAUCACCACCCCACCCCCAGCCACGGUCCUGAUGGGGCGGUGCCUACCAUGGCUGAUGACCUGGGGGAGCCAGCCCCACUCUGGCCUCAUGACCCUGAUGCUAAGGAGAAGCCCCUCCACGUGCCUGGGGGAGACGGUCACCGGGGGAAAAGCCUGAAGCUGCUGGAGAAGAUCCCUGAAGACGCUGAGGCUACUGUGGUGCUCGUGGGCUGUGUGCCUUUCCUAGAGCAGCCAGCAGCAGCUUUUGUGCGACUGAAUGAGGCUGUACUCUUGGAGUCUGUGCUCGAGGUCCCCGUGCCAGUUCGCUUCCUCUUCGUGAUGCUGGGGCCCCGCCACACCAGCACUGACUAUCAUGAGCUUGGGCGCUCCAUUGCCACCCUCAUGUCUGACAAGCUGUUUCAUGAGGCUGCCUACCAGGCAGACGACCGGCAGGACCUCCUGAGUGCCAUCAGCGAGUUCCUAGACGGCAGUAUUGUGAUCCCGCCGUCCGAGGUAGAGGGCCGGGACCUACUGCGCUCCGUAGCUGCCUUCCAGCGAGAGCUGCUGAGGAAGCGGCGAGAGCGCGAACAGACCAAAGUUGAUAUGACCACCCAGGGAAGCUAUGCGGCCCCUGGGAAAGAGCUGUCGGUGGAGUUGGGGGUCUCUGAGGCGACCCCUGAAGAUGACCCCCUGCUGCGAACUGGCUCAGUAUUCGGGGGACUUGUCCGGGAUGUGAAGCGCCGGUACCCGCACUACCCAAGUGACCUGCGCGAUGCCCUGCACUCCCAGUGCGUGGCAGCCGUGCUCUUCAUCUACUUUGCUGCCCUCAGCCCUGCCAUCACCUUCGGGGGGCUGCUAGGGGAGAAGACUGAGGGGCUGAUGGGCGUGUCCGAGCUGAUCGUGUCCACGGCUGUGCUUGGAGUCCUCUUCUCUCUGCUGGGGGCCCAGCCACUGCUUGUGGUUGGCUUCUCAGGGCCACUGCUGGUCUUCGAAGAAGCUUUCUUCAAGGUGACAGCCCUGCCCUUUCCCUCUCCAGGGAUCACUUGCCCUUCCCCCAGUUCCUCAGUCCAGUUCUGCCAAUCCCAGGACCUGGAAUACCUCACUGGCCGGGUGUGGGUUGGACUCUGGCUGGUGGUCUUCGUUCUUGCCCUGGUGGCCGCUGAGGGCAGCUUCCUGGUCCGCUACAUCUCGCCUUUUACCCAGGAGAUCUUUGCCUUCCUGAUCUCUCUCAUUUUCAUCUACGAGACCUUCCAUAAGCUGUACAAGGUGUUCACGGAGCACCCACUGCUGCCAUUCUACCCCCCUGAGAGGGGACCGGAGGCUGGGCUGGACCUGAAUGGGAGUGUCCUGUUUCCCACUGAGGGGCCGCCAGGCCCGAGGAACCAGCCCAACACGGCUCUGCUGUCCCUCAUCCUCAUGCUCGGGACCUUUCUCAUCGCCUUCUUCCUACGCAAGUUCAGGAACAGCCGCUUCCUGGCCGGCAAGGCUCGCCGCAUCAUUGGGGAUUUCGGCAUCCCCAUCUCCAUUCUGGUGAUGGUCUUGGUGGAUUACUCCAUUACAGAUACCUACACACAGAAGCUGACCGUGCCCACGGGGCUCUCGGUGACCUCCCCCCAUAAGCGUACAUGGUUCAUCCCACCCCUGGGCAGUGCCCGUCCUUUCCCGCCCUGGAUGAUGGUGGCAGCCGCUGUUCCUGCCCUCCUGGUCCUCAUCCUGAUCUUCAUGGAGACACAAAUCACUGCGCUCAUUGUCAGCCAGAAGGCGCGAAGGCUGCUCAAAGGCUCCGGCUUUCACCUGGACCUUCUGCUGAUUGGCUCCCUGGGAGGGCUCUGUGGGCUGUUUGGGUUGCCUUGGCUCACAGCCGCCACCGUCCGCUCAGUCACCCAUGUCAAUGCACUGACUGUUAUGCGCACUGCCAUUGCGCCUGGCGAGAAGCCCCAGAUCCAGGAGGUGCGGGAGCAGCGGGUCACCGGAGUGCUCAUUGCCAGCCUCGUGGGUCUGCCCAUCCUUGCAGGGCUGUGUGAGAGGUCAGGUAGGUCUGUGUCGCCUCCUCCAGGCCUGUCCAUUGUCAUGGGGGCUGUGCUGCGACGGAUCCCAUUGGCCGUGCUCUUUGGGAUUUUCCUGUACAUGGGGGUCACGUCACUGUCCGGCAUUCAGCUCUCCCAGCGUCUGUUGCUCAUCUUCAUGCCGGCAAAACACCAUCCUGAGCAGCCUUACGUGACCAAGGUGAAGACGUGGCGGAUGCACCUGUUCACUUGCAUCCAGCUGGGCUGCAUCGCACUGCUCUGGGUAGUCAAGUCCACGGCGGCCUCGCUCGCCUUUCCCUUCCUGCUGCUGCUCACGGUGCCUCUGAGGCGUUGCCUUCUGCCCAGGCUCUUCCAGGACAGGGAGCUGCAGGCGCUGGACUCGGAAGAUGCUGAACCGAACUUCGAUGAGGAUGGCCAGGAUGAGUACAAUGAGCUGCACAUGCCCGUGUGAUCCUCCUCCAACGCGGUGCACCUCAGAGACCCCGACACCUUAGUGGCCGAGACCUGGGCCCCUGUCAGAGCCCAGCUCCAGGGCCAGCGGGCUCCUCGCGACCCAGAGACAUGCCUGGAACCACUACUGAUGCCACGGCCAGAGGGGCCCUCUGACUCUGCCCAGGGCUCUGACCUUAUCUCACCCAGGCCCUUUCACAGACCAGACCGGCACAGGCUUUGAGCUCAUUAUAACCACACUCCUUGUCUUGUGUCUGCCUCA